UUAUCGGCAAUACUGCUUUUCCGACUUUGGACUACACUUCCCACAAGGCACUGCGGGUCGCUUAUCCGUCUCCCACGCGCAAACCUGGCCGCCUCUUGUGAUUUGGGGUUUCUUAGAGUAGAUUGUUGUCACUUGGACCCAAAUAAGCUCACGCCUGAGUCCAUAGCGAGCUGACGUUGCUGCUCAACUUUGAUGAAACCUUUAACUUUGGCUGAAGCAGGAUGCGCGCACCUUCUACUGAGACUCAAGGAGAAGUCAGAAGGUCAGGUUGUACUGAACGCCAUGGCCCAUCAGGGAACAAUGACCUUCGGGGUCGUGGCUGUAGAGUUGUUCGAGGAGUGGAGGUGCAUGGAGCCUGCCCAGAGGGAUUUGUACAGAAAUGUGACAUUGAAGAACUUCAGUUACCUGGUCUCACUAGGACUUGUCAUUUUUAAACCUGAUGUCAUCUUCUUAUUGGAGCAAGGGAAAGAGCCAUGGACGGUUACAAAUUAUAUGACACAUCCUUGGCACCCAGGGAAGUAAGACCUGGCCUUGCUGGAGACGUCAUGGGGCUAACAGGACAGUGUGGUGGUAAUACAGCUGACAGCGGUCACCUGAGUGAUUGUCAGGAAGCCGUCAAAACCUGCUGUAGAAUUAAGGCCCGAGUUACAGAGAAGAGCAAGGACUCUGUCAGCAUUGGCCAAGCACAUAAGAUUAACAUAAUUAAAAGCAUUCUGUAGUAGAUGGUAUGUACUUCCACUGCCUUCUAUCUUCCGUUGUUGCUAACUUAGGUAGCUAUAAAUUCGGAAAAUAUUUCAUGCA